AUGAGCGUCAAAAUUCUGCGUUUGUGCUACAAUAACAUCAAAAGGAAAAGAAAGCAAGUUCUGUCGACUUUAUUCUUCUUUCUGUCAUUUACAGUUUGUUUUUACAUUGCUUUUCAACAGCCGAGGAAGUCCUUCAUUUUUAUUGAUGAUAUCAAUCGCUCUUCGGAAGAGUUGAUGACAACAUCAUUUUUUGAACCGAAGCAAGGAAAGAGUUUGCUCAGCGCUCAAAACUACCAGCAAGAAACCUUUACUAAGGAAAAGGAUAUUUUUAUUGAUGAUAUAAAGAGCGUUAAAAAUUUAACUGGUUUGCUAUCACACGGAGACAGUGAUUUCGUAGCCAAUAAUAUUAACUAUCCUUCAGGUGAACCUCCUCCAUUCCGCGCAGAAAACCAACCGGGCCAAGAUGGAAACAAAACGUUCUUAUUACGAGGACAUUUAAAUCUCCAUAUUUGGGAUGAUGUCUGUCACUUCCAAGUGGAAAGUUUGCGUGAAUUUAUCCUAUUCCCACAUGCUCCAUCGAAACGAAGGUUGUUGACUUCCUCUUCUUCGUACGGUGAAAACUUAAAAAACUUUGGGGAACGAAUGUUUGGCUUUAUUUCACCAUCUAUUAGCGGUAAGUAUUACUUCGCCAUUUCUUCGAGUGGAAAUUCGGAACUGUGGUUGAGCUCCGAUGAUUCUUCGGCAAAUCUUCGGAAAAUUGCUUUUCUCGGUUCUCGUGAAAAUCCUGGUCAAGGACAACCUGGAAAUUAUUCCCAAAACGCGACACAAGUUUCUACAGCUUUCUACUUGACAAAAAAUAGGAAAUAUCUUAUCAACGUACUUCACAAACAUCAUUCUGGCAGAGUUCAUCUGUUGGUGACUUGGAGAUUAGAGGGUGACACGGUAUUCGGUAUUGUGACCAGUGAAUAUCUGUGGGCUGCUAUGAAUGACAGUCACGUGCCUGAUAACGCUGUUGGAUUGUCUGAUUACCAAGAAGGGUCACAACAAUCACGUGACUUCAUUCUACCUUUUGUUAUUUGGGAAGAUAUGAAGGCUGUGUUGCCUGAGUGUUUGUAUGAACCAAGUUAUUUGGUCAAACAUAAACUGAUUCGAUUCCAGGGUGCUCGAAAUAAAAGUAACACACAUUUUGCUUCAGUUUAUCCUCCGGAUACCACUAAUAACUCUCUCGCAUUAAUGGAAAAUGAAGAUAUCUGGUGGCAGGAAAAUGCAGCUGGCAAUCUUCUAACAAAUCCGAACAAGGCUCAGGGUGUGGCCCAUAUGUUCAUGGAUGCUUUAGAAGGAAAAUAUCCUCAGCAUUACGCAUUUCAGGAAAUAGUUUCAGUUGAGCACGUACUCGACCCUCAGAAAGGCGAUCGCUUCCUUCUAGAAUUACGCUUAACUGAUAGACAAAAUCGGGGGAGCGUGCUGUUCUCCGAAUACGUGUACAAGCCCCUUGAAGGAGACAGUUUGUGUUAUCCUGCAGGAUUCCGCUGGAAGAAAAAUGCUAUUGUGAAUGUUAUAGUUCCUGUGAGAAAAUCUGGUCGCUGGGCACUUUAUUUUAUAAAGAACAUUGCAGAAGUAGUUCGUCAAACUCAGGACUUCAACAUACACGUCAUCAUCGUUGACUAUGAGAGCAAGGACAUCGACAUAGAAGCCGUGCUAAAAAGGAGUUCUAUUCAGUGGUACUCGCUGGUGAAGAUAUCUGGGGACCAGGACUUCCAGAGAGCCUUGGCCCUUCAGCGUGGAGCUGAGGCUGUAAAGGAUCCUCAUAGCAUACUCUUCAUGUGCGACCUUCACUUAAAGAUCCCUUCACAUCUGAUUACCACCAUCCGCAAGCAUUGCGUAGAAGGGAAAAUGGCUUUCGCACCAGUAGUGAAAAGACUUCGUUGUGGUUACUAUCCUGAGCUUCCAUUUGGUUACUGGGAAACACUUGGAUUUGGUCUACUUGCAAUUUAUAAGUCUGACUUUGAUCACGUGGGAGGAAUGAACGUACAGGAGUUUACUGGAUGGGGAGGAGAGGACUGGGAACUACUGGACAGGAUCCUUAUGUCCGGGAUAGAGGUGGAGCGACUCAAAAUCCCGCAUUUCUAUCAUUUUUACCAUCCAUCUGUUGGUGGCAAUCAAAGGGUAGGAGCGUGAAAAGUCUUCUAAGAAAGGUCACUCGCUUAGGUGCUUGCUGAGCGACAAAUACUCAGAUUUCUCCAUUUUGCGCUUAAGCUGAGGAGUAUGUUCUUUAAAGACUGUCACAAUACCGCUGCAGCCGA